AUGACAAGGGAUCCUGAAAACUGGAUAGAUGUCCCUGAGGAUGUUGACUCUCCAACUCCACCUGGACCCUCUGGGUAUGCAGACGUGGCCAACCCUUUCCUAGAAUCCUUAAAUACAUUACUUAAACAGCUAGAAAAAGAAAAAAGGAGUCUUGAAAAUCAAGUGAAAGACUACUCACUUAGAUUGGAGCAAGAAUCAAAGGCUUACCACAAGACCAACAAUGAACGCCGUACAUACCUAGCUGAAAUGUCUCAGGUCUCUGGCUUACAAGAAGUUUCUAAAAGGCAACAGAUGGAUCAACUGCCUAGAAUGAAUGAGAAUCUAGUGAAAACGGGAAGAUAUAAUCCUGUUAAUCAGAAGAUAGUUAAUGCCAAGAGAGGACCAGUAAAAAAGACUACAAGAUCAAACCAUCUUCCAAAACUCAAUCCAUGA